CUGGCUCCCGUGCGUGUAGCUCUCUCGCUUGCUCUCGGUUCCAGCUACCGCUCAGCCGGCACAGCCCAGGGAAGCCCAAGAGCCGAGAGUCGGGGAGGGAGGCGGCAAAGAAGGGAAACAGCGAGGGCACGCCCGGGUUCUCCCUCUGCCCUGCUCCAGCCCUUCCUGCCGCCACAGGCACCCUGGAGUCCCCUCAAAACAACCCGGCGGGCACGCACCUGCCGGACGUCCCUGACGUUCCAGGCAAGAAGACCCCUGAGCCUGAGAAGAUGGCCCAGGCCAAGAGCGACUGCCGCUCACCUGUGGGUCUCGACUGCUGCAACUGCUGUCUGGACCUGGCCAACCGGAGCGAGCUCCAGCACGGCAGUAGCGGGGAGAACAACAACCCCGGCAGCCCCACCGUGAGCAACUUUCGGCAGCUGCAAGAGAAAUUGAUCUUCGAGAAUCUCAACACUGACAAGCUGAACAGCAUAAUGCGGCAGGAUUCGCUAGAGCCCGUGCUGCGCGACCCCUGCUACUUGAUCAACGAGGGUAUCUGCAACCGCAACAUCGACCAGACCAUGCUUUCCAUCUUACUCUUCUUCCACAGUGCUUCUGGAGCCAGUGUCGUGGCCAUUGACAACAAGAUCGAACAGGCCAUGGAUCUGGUGAAGAAUCAUCUGAUGUAUGCCGUAAGGGAGGAGGUUGAGGUCCUGAAAGAGCAGAUCCGUGAGCUGGUGGAGAAGAACUCACAGCUAGAGCGUGAGAACACCCUUUUGAAGACCCUGGCAAGCCCAGAGCAGCUGGAGAAAUUUCAGUCCCGUCUGAGCCCUGAAGAGCCAGCUGCUGAAUCCCCUCAAGUGCCAGAGGCCCCUGGUGGUUCUGCAGUGUAAGUGGCUCUGUCCUUGGGGUGGGCAGAGCCACUAAACAUGUUCUACCUAGUUCUUUCCAGUUUGUUUUUUGGCUCCCCAAGCAUCAUCUCACGUGGAGAACUUUACACCUAGCAUAGCUGGUGCCAAGAGAUGUCCUAAUGACAUGGCCACCUGGGUCCACUUCAGUGACAGAUCCUUGACAAAGAGCAGGUCUCUAGAGGCUGAGUUGCAUGGGGUCUAGUAACCCCAAGCCAGUGAGCCUCUAAUGCUACAGUGCCCUGGGGGCUCCCAGGGCCUGGGCAACUUAGCUGCAACUGGCAAAGGAGGGAGGUAGUUUGAGAUGUGAUGCCAGCUUGCUCCAGAAAGUAUAAGGGGUCUGUUUUUCAUUUCCAUGGACAUCUUCAACAGCUUCACCAGACGACUGUUCUUAUGAAGAAGCCACUUGUGUUCUAAGCAGAGGCAACCUCUCUCUUCUCCCUUGUCUCGCUAAGGCAGGGGGCACAGAUGGGAGAGAUUGAGCCAAGUCAGCCUUCUGUUGGUUAAUAUGGUAUAAUGCAUGGCUUUGUACACAGCCCAGUGUGGGAUUACAGCUUUGGGAUGACCGCUUACAAUGUUCUGUUUGGUUAGUAUUGGAAUAGUUUUUCUAUAUAGCCAUAAAUGCGUAUAUAUUACCCAUAGGGCUAGAUCUGUACCUUAGUGUAGUGCUGUAUACAUGUACACAUACACCUACAUGUCGAAGGGCCUAACCAUCUUUGGGAGUAUUGACUGGUCCCUUAUCUCUUAAGGAUAAUUGUUUGUGUUCAUUUACCAAAUUGAUCCAGUUUGUCCUUUAGGUUAAGUAAGAUUAAAGAGUAAAGUCAGGGAAGGGGGCCAGCCUCUGAAAGUGGCCAUGGAUGCCUUGCUGCUGCAACCCUUUCCCCAACUGUCCACUGAAGACGUGUGAAGUCCUCUUUUGAAUGCCAAACCCACCAUUCACCGGUGCUGACUACAUAGAAUGGGGUUGAGUGAAGAGUAGCUUGGACUUCACAGUGCUGGUUAAAAUCUUAAAAAAAAAAAAAAUCUUGUUGAAACUUUCAAGUUAAUGGAAGGAUGGUGUCCCACUGUAGACAAGGGAUUGAUGGAGGGAAUGGUUUUGAUGUAAUGGAGCCUGGACAUGUGCCCAGGAGCUUGUCUCGGGGGCGGGGGGGGGGGGUUCCGCGACAGUGAACACUCUCCACUUUCUGACACCUUAUCCUGAUGGACAUCUCCAGGAUUAGGAUUUGGAUUUUUCAGAUGUAGCUUGAAAUUUCAAUAAACUUUGCUCUUUUUUUUCUAAAAAUAAA